UCUCCACUGGUCUGGCAGAUCUUUAAAAAACCAGUUUUGUCGCUGAGACGGAGCUUGUCUUGGAGGAAACCGGUGCUUGAGGACGCUCUCAUCUCUCUCUCUCAUCUCUUUUGUUGUGUCUCGGUGAGUGUUGGGGCUUUUACCUCCGGUUGUCUUCGCCCUCCCGCUCCGCUCCGACAACACAAACUACGGGGACGAGCCAAAAGGACUCGACGCUAGCCGACGAGGGAAGUGGGGCUCCGUCUUCUCUUUCAUCAGGCAGCAGAUAAGGCAGCUCUGGACGAUGUAAUCGGACUGACGGACUCAUCUGCAGUGUUGAUACCAGAGCGAGACAAAGGAGGAACAGAGAGAGAGCACGAGGAGGAGGAAGACAUUGAAGGCAAUAGGAUGGGCGUGGGGAAGAACACCACCUCCAAGACGAUGGACAGCAGCAGCGAGGGAGGAAAAUAUGAAGAGGAGAGCAAACAUGGAGCAGAUUUCUACCCGAUUCCGGUGGUGGUGAAUGGAGUGAGCGGGGCCAGUGGAGACCAGGACACUGAGAACACAGAGCUGAUGGCAAUCUACACUAAAGAUACUCAAGGAGCCGAAAAGAGCUCAUUGUCUGAGACGCUGGACAGCACUGACAGUGUGGAUGCAAGGAGGAUGGACAUGAUCUACACCAUUGAGGACACCCCACCCUGGUAUCUGUGUGUGUUUUUAGGCCUACAGCACUACUUGACAUGUUUCAGUGGAACGAUAGCAGUGCCGUUCCUCCUCGCUGAGGCGAUGUGCGUCGGUUUCGACCAGUGGGCCACCAGCCAGCUGAUAGGGACCAUCUUCUUUUGUGUGGGGAUCACCACCCUGUUACAGACCACACUGGGCUGCAGGUUGCCUUUGUUCCAGGCCAGUGCUUUCGCCUUCCUCGCACCAGCCAGGGCCAUUCUGUCGCUGGACAAAUGGAAGUGUAACAGUACAGUGGUUCCAGAAAUGAAUAGCACAGAGCUCUUCCACACUGAGCACAUUUGGCACCCAAGGAUACGAGAGAUCCAAGGAGCUAUCAUCGUGUCGUCUCUGGUCGAGGUGUGUAUCGGGGCGCUGGGUCUACCCGGGAUUCUGCUGAAGUACAUCGGACCUCUAACCAUCACCCCCACUGUAGCCCUCAUCGGCCUGUCUGGUUUCCAGGCUGCAGGGGAGAGGGCUGGAAAACACUGGGGCAUCGCUAUGCUGACUAUCUUCUUGGUGCUGCUCUUCUCCCAGUACGCAAGAAAUGUUCACUUCCCUCUGCCGAUCUACAAAGCAAAGAAAGGCUGGACCUCCUAUAGGCUGCAGGUCUUCAAAAUGUUCCCUAUCAUCAUGGCCAUCCUGGUUUCAUGGCUGUUAUGCUUCAUUUUCACUGUGACGGACGUUUUCCCACCUGCGAAGGACAAGUACGGUUUCUACGCCCGCACAGACGCACGUCAAGGGAUCAUUGCAGCUGCACCGUGGUUCAAGAUCCCAUAUCCAUUCCAGUGGGGAUUUCCUACAGUAACAGCUGCAGGUGUGAUCGGCAUGAUGAGCGCGGUGGUUGCCAGCAUCAUCGAAUCGAUUGGCGAUUAUUACGCCUGCGCCCGUCUCUCUUGUGCUCCACCACCUCCCAUCCAUGCCAUCAAUAGGGGGAUAUUUGUGGAGGGUAUUUCCUGUGUGCUGGAUGGACUUUUCGGUACAGGAAAUGGUUCAACCUCCUCCAGUCCAAAUAUAGGCGUUCUGGGUAUUACGAAGGUGGGCAGCAGACGUGUGAUCCAGUAUGGAGCUGCCAUGAUGCUGCUACUAGGACUUGUGGGUAAAUUCAGUGCCCUGUUCGCCUCUCUGCCUGAUCCUGUCCUGGGAGCUCUUUUCUGCACCUUGUUUGGCAUGAUAACGGCGGUGGGACUGUCCAAUCUGCAGUUUAUCGACCUCAACUCCUCCAGGAACCUCUUUGUUCUGGGCUUCUCCAUCUUCUUUGGGCUGAUGCUGCCGAGUUACCUCAAACAGAACCCGCUGGUCACAGGCAUUGUUGGGGUUGACCAGGUGUUGAACGUUCUCCUUACCACUGCCAUGUUUGUCGGAGGCUCCGUUGCUUUCAUUUUGGACAAUACUAUCCCUGGUACUCCCGAAGAACGAGGCCUCAGGAAGCUGAAACGUGGCUCUGGUCUCAGUGCAGCAGAGCUGGAAGGGAUGAGAUCUUAUGACCUGCCAUUUGGAAUGGACUUCAUCCGUAGAUACCCCAUCUUCAAGUACAUCCCCAUCAGCCCCACCUUCACAGGCUAUCAGUGGGGGAGGCUACGGGAAGCCUGCAGGAGCAGGCUGGGACAUGGGGAUGCGGUGAAGGGAGGAGGAAUUGGAGGGGAGGGUGGAACAUCACCGGGGGAGAGUCGGGUAUAGCCAACGGGCUGGAGCUGAAAGAUGCCAAAUCUGGCUGAAUUUGGGGAGCGAGGGAUCGUACACUAAGAUAAAAGGAUGGGAGAUUGGAGGACAGAAAUGGUGCAGGAUUUGGGAUCGUGUGGAAGAAAAUGUGACGCACCAACCCUUGUCAGUUUGUGUUUUCUUUAGCUUGUAUCAGUCUUUUCCCACUUCCCACUAUGCUAUUUUGAGCAUGCCAUCGCAAGUUCACAGCAUGCUGUAAAAGAUGUCACCAUGCGGAGGUGGUUGGUGUGUAUGCAUGUGUGUACAACAUGCAGCAAGAGAUCACGGGUUUGUGUGUGUACUUUAAUCCAGAAGAGAGACAGAUGGAUGUCAAACAAUCAAAGCUGAAUGUUUGAUGAUUAAUUGAUUCAUAAUCACUGCUAACUUGUACUGCCCGAGUCAUUUUCAUAAAAUCUAUUAUGUCAAUUAAGGAUUAUGCAAAAAUUCUGUAUGAAUCAUUUGCCUCUAGACUUGUUAUGCAACCAUGUUAGAGACAUACACACACACACGCACACACAUGGACACACAUGGACACACACCAACAUCCUCUCCAAAACAAGCCUGAGCGCUUUAUUGCAUGUCGGGUUCAUGUAGGUUGAUGGAAGUGGUUUGUCAGGUGCCCUUAGCCACACACAGUGAUUGUGAAAUUUGUUUUUGCACUCUCUGCCUCCUGAUUCAGAAUAAGAAUAUCACUCCACAGCUCACCCCUCAGAUGUGCAUUUACAGCACAUCACGUCAGAUCAUGUCGUUGGGGGGGUGAGGGGAGGGGGUGAUAUUCACCUGAUGCCCUGUGAGAAAGGGCAAAAAGUCACUAACAUACCCGUUUACAUCUCUUUACUGUGACAGUAUUACUCAGCAUUUACUAACACGACCCAAACUCCUCCUGAACACACCAUCAUCUCAUUUGGCAAAUCAAGUGGGACAUAACCUGAUUUUCUUCAUUAUGGAAGAAAAUGAAUUUGGCCAGAUUUUGAUUUGAUAACCUGAAUUGUCUCUUCUAAUAUAUGUGUAGGCACUUACAUAACUGAAUCUCAAUUAUCCCUUUACUGUUGUGAUGACAGCAGUAUGUUUGUGAAAGCUACAGUAAUGGCACACAAUAAUGCUGAAAUGUGGCCUUGUCAGAGAAAUUAGAAAAGUCCUGGGCUUAAAAAAAAAAUUAAAUGUUUUUUGAUCCUGUGACUGUCGCAGAGCUCCCUGAUCAUCUGUGUGGAUUAUCCGUCACAGUUUUACACCGUCACUCACACUCUGUUUUUAGCUGUAGUGUUAAUAUAUGAUCUACAAAGACUGUACCAUGAAUAAUACACCCCUGCAAUUGUCCAAACCCACCUGGUGUUUCCAUUUGUGAUAAUCAAUUUGCUGCAAAGAAGUAACGGUGAUGAUUUUGUUUGGAAAUUCAAAGGUGUUGGUGAUCUCAUUCUGUUCUCUAGAUUGUCGUCCAGAAUUUGCCAUUCACAAUUUUCACUUAUUCAAUGGUGUUGACUUUCCCUUACAUUCCUCCUCCUCCUCCCAUCCUCAGUCACCCAUAUGUCUCCCGCUCUCAUCCCACUUCAUAUGUAGUUUACUGCUGAUGGUUGUUACUGGUCAUGCCUGUUCUAUAGUUCAGGCUGUGGCAGCACAUUUGGCACGUGAGGAAUCCCUCAGUCUCAAAUGCACCUUAUUGACGAAGUUGUGCCACCCUGAUAGACUCUGAUUUGACUGCACUGUGUGCCUCGGCUGUUUUUCAUUCAAUUAAUACUACUUCUUAGUUUUUUAAAUUCUGUGGUUUAAAAAAAUACCACAGAAGAGUUUGCAAAUUUUUUAUCUUAUAGAAAUAAAAAGUAGCACAAUGAGAAAAUUAACAGCUAAAAAAAUGUUUAGUCUGAUUGAGAUGUUUACUAAACCAAAAACCAUACCAAUUACCAUAUACCAAAAGUUUUCUUUUCAACUUUUUUGGAAAUUGUCACUAUCAAGAACUUUGCAUGAUUAGAUUGAAAUCUCACCCCAAAUUUCCUCACGUCUCUUGUGUUAAACCUAUUUAUUUAUUUAUGAGAAGAAAGUUGAUGUUUGAUGAUUGUUUGAAGCAGGUUUAUGUGUCUCUUGCACAAAAGUGAAAGUAUAUUUAUUAGUUUAUUUGUUCGUGCCCUGUUAAGAUUGCUGUGACGAUUGACCUCCUCCUGCCCUUGGCCUCAGUGACAGUCGGUGCUUUUAGAAACUCACCUAGAGAAGGUAGCUUUUCCUAAAGGUAGUUUCUGGCUUGAAAUGUGAGCUGCUACUAUUUCAUUCCAUUUAUAUCAUGUUUUUCCUUUUAAACACAAAACACUUAUUGAACUGGACAGUUGAGUCGAAUUUCAAAAGUCAGGGCCUUUUACUACAAGUACUGUUUGCACAUGAAAAGGUGCCAAGAACAUCAGGAUUAUGGUGGAUAAUAUUCACUAACCUGAAACUCUAAAAUACCCCUUGAGUGCUUAUCCAGAUUUAUAGUAAAGUAUGAACAGUUUGUGUUUGUUGACCUGAAGACAAGUGACUGUAACACUUGGAUACUGAAUACUGAAUACUUUUGGGCCUUAGUCGUUGACCUGGCUAGCUUGUGACAAAUCUAAAACCUCACCAUCAUUGUCUAAAUGUUGGCUGUGCUCAGGACUGGCAGCGGGACAGCUGUAAAAGCAGUGUUACAAUGUUAAGUUAGCAGUGUGUUUACAGGCACAUCGGCUGAUACCUUGCGCCGUGAGAAGGGAUGAACAAGUCGGGGUCUUCCCUCUCAUAGGGGUGAAGGGAGGUUAGAUCAUUUUCAGCACCUUUCGUAGUGAAAUCUGUUAGUACAUGGCCUGCACACGUAAAAAUAAUUAAAUGCACAGUGGUCAUAUUCAUGUCAUAUUCAUGCAACCAGCGCUUACAUCCUCUCUCCUCACACUUUUUUUUUUUUUUUAAUUCCCCCACCUCACAGCCCUAACCCAGUCCUGCAGUGAAAAUAUGUAUUGGUGUCCUCUCCUGUUUGGUGUACCUGUUUUCCUCCCCGGGAAUUCUUACUGUUGAUGUUUCUGAAUGCGGGAGAAGACUUCGGCUGGCCACCUUAUGUAAGAGCCUGUUGGUCAUUGGCAGCUGAGUAAAGUUGUCAUAGAAACCUGAGCAUUGGAGGUCUUUAUCUGUGCCUAAAAGCAGCUUCCUCCUGAUUGAAGUUUAGAUUUGUCUUUCAUUUAAUGGUCCUUAACACAUGUUUUUCCCAUGUAGUCAUGAUAGAAUUGGUUUACUUAACAAAAUCUUUCACAAAUCCAGACCCUCUACCUUGAGGGUUUAAAGGCUUGCAUUACAUACAAGUCAAUUUAAGCAACAGAUGGCUCUUGAUAAGGUGGCCACAAGGUGUAACACAAAGACAUUAGACCCUUUCAGUUAUUUUGAAGGGGGUGCUACCUGAAGAAUAUACUUUUGUGUAUUAAGUGUUUUAUCUUUUUAAAUGUUUUUGUUUUUUUUAUACAUCAUUUUUAUGUUUUUGCAAGCAAAUAUUUGUAAGAAACAAAUUAUAACUUUUAAUCUUAAAUCAUGCUGGAAAACGCACCAUUUUGUUGUACUUUUAUUUAAAAAGUAAAUACAUUUUGAUCCUAUUUUAAAUCCGUGGUUUGGUGGAAUCAUUUGGUUUGUUUGUUAGGACCUUUUUCAUAUUGUAUUUUUUUACUCUUAACAUUGCUUUCUGUCCAUUUUAACACAUUACCAGUAUAAAUCAAAGAACAAGCUGAGAAACUUUAAAUAGAUGUAAAAACAACAAAAAAAUAAAAUAAAUAAAUGUAUAUUUAAUGGAGUAAAGUUUGCUAAACAACCUGGAAGAGAAAUUGUGUAAACUAAUUGUAGCAACAAAAUGUUUUAUUCUUUGUUCCUAAAACUAUUUAAUAAUAUGUUACAGAAUGAAUGCAGUCUUUUGUCUUCAUUUUUUUCACAUGGAAAAUCAAGGAAAACACAAACAAGUUUUUUUAGGUUUUGUAAAUGGUCAACCUUUUUUCACCUCUCUCAUCUCUGGCAUCAUUGACUGUGCCAUAUUCUGUGACAUUUGAGGUUCAACUCUGGGUUGACCAAAUAUUACAGAAUCCUCAAAUUAAUCUUUUAAUCUGAUAUCUUGUCAUAUUCACUUAUUUUGCUGCAACAGCCCUCAUUUAAAAUAUAAGUACAGUACCAAUCAAAUGUUUGGACACACUUUCUCAUUCAAGGAAAGAGGAAGGUGUGUCCAAACAUUUGACUGGUUCUUUAUAUUAUUGGAGGUUGUGUUUUGUUUUGUUUUUUGGGGGGUUUUUUGUUUGUUUUUUAAUGUUGGUUUUCUUAUCAAUAUAGAAUGAAUACAAAUACUCAAUUCAAUGUUCAGAAGCAAUAACAAACAGACCACAUCAGGCAAAGGGUAAAGAAAAAUAUUUCUCUGUAUGGUCAGACACUUAUAAUAACAAUCGGAGCCUUUAGUAGUUUUAGUGGACAUACACUGAUGGCACACAGUUGCUCCAAGGUAUUACAUUGCUGCAGCACUGUCGCUCAAUACUGGACUAAGCUCAAAAACUAUUGUCCCCAUUAGUUGCUUAGUAACAAGAUGGGAAAAUAGGGUCAUGGUUUAACCUCCUGAAACCCGAGCUUUUGUUUGGUAUGCAUUUGUAAUUUCACCUAGAUAUUUGGGAUAAGUAGAACCUGAUAAGUAUAAAAACUAAGCAUCGUCUUUAAACAGGAAGUCGUUUUUGAAAAUAAUAUUGUCCUGUACAAUGGGGACAAUGGGUUUAUUUUACUGUUUAACAAAUAAUUCACCAAUGUAUAAAACUAUGUAUUUCCUUACAUUUACACUAACAUUAAUAAAGUCCCAAUGUCCUCAACAAGUACUUCCUGAUUAGCAGUGUCCUAGCUUGUUGUUAUUGCUAAAAUUAUUUACAUUUGUACAACAUAUCAAACUACAAACAAGGUUAAGCAUAAAUAUACAAAUUUCAACCAAAAUUUGAAAGGUUUUGCACCUGGUCCACUUUUGUCUGGGGAUCGGCUGUUGAUUGACUUGGCCAAGAUGCCUGCCAUCGGGUUUUCACAAUGAUUUUUACACUGUAUUGUGCUUAUGCUAGCACUAGGUGGCACAAAAAAAAGUGCACGAACAAGACAAUAGGUCAAAGUUAAGCAGCGUGAAGUGUAAGCAGGGGCAUAGUUAGGGGGUGGCUUUUGGGGUGGCAGUCCCAAAUGUUUUCUCAAAAGCCCUGUAUCUUCAACCAGCUGCUAACUUCAGUUGAGACAGUGUUACUGAGUGAAAUGUUAAAUAAAAAUUAAUGCAAUAUUUUUGUUUUUCUUUUCGUCUAAUGCCUU